AUGGUAGGAUCAUACGAUAUCAAAUACGAACCAAGAACAGCAAUGAAAGCUCAGAUCCUAGUAGAUUACGUGGCCAAAACAACAACACACAAUCAACCCACCGAGGUAGACAAGGGCUUCGUCAGCUGGAUAUUACAAGUAGACGGAGCACCAAACAUGGCCGGAGCAGGGGCAGGGAUGAUAUUAAGAGGACCACAUAAUAUAAAAAUGCAAAACUCAAUCCACCUGAAUUUUCCGGCAACCAACAAUUCAGUAGAAUACGAAGCCCUAAUAGGAGGAUUGAGAAUGGCGACAGUAGUCAAGGCCGAGUUCAUCAAAAUUCAGAGUGACUCUCAACUGGUGGUUAACCAAGUACUCGGAUUAUUUGAGGUCAAAGAUCCAGAAAUGAAAAAAUAUGUAGAUCGAGUUAAAGAGCUGCUCGCAAAAAUUACCGAAGAAGGUGGAAAAUGGGAAUUAGAGCAAAUACCCAGAGAAGAGAACACAGAGGCAGACACAUUGGCAAAGGCCGGAGCAACCAAAGAAACAGUACCAGUCAUACCAUGCUCGAUCCAAAACUUCAGCAGCAUCCAAAAUCCCGAGGCAACAUUCCUCAUCAACCUGUUAGAUCAAUGGAUGGAGCACAUCAUAUCAUACAUGGAGAAUGGAAGCCUACCUGAGGAUAAAAAAGAGGCAAGGAAGGUGAAGCGCCGAGCACCACACUUCUCAUACCGAGAUGGCACCCUAUACAGAGAGUCAUUCUCACAUCCAUGGUCCAGAUGCCUCACGGUUGAAGAAGGAGAAUACGUCUUAGCCGAAAUACACGAAGACAUGUGUGGAAGCCACAUCUCCCAUUUAGCACUCUGUCGAAAAGCGGUAUUACAAGGUUACGACUGGCCUACAAUGGCACAAGAUGCAGCAAGCUUGGUACAAAAAUGCGAGAAAUGUCAAUAUCACCAGAAUGUGCAUCAUCAACCCACAACCGAGCAAAGUCCGAUAAUAAGUCUCUCGCCAUUCAGUACAUGGGGUAUUGACAUCGUUGGCCCCUUCCCGACAGCAAGUGGGCAAAGGAGAUUCUUGAUAGUAGCUGUCGAUCAUUUCUCCAAAUGGGUGGAAGCCGAAGUUGUCUCCACCAUAACAGAAGCACGAGUGCGAAGUUUUGUCCGAAGAGAAAUCAUUUGUCGUUUCAGAAUUCCAAGAAUCAUCAUAACCGACAACGGUAAAUAA